AUGCAGUACGCCAGAGCCGUCGAGCUCAUGGCUCACCGCGACAACGCCGCUGACCUUGACUUGUCCGGGGUGAGUGUGGUCCUCAUCCUUGCUCCCCUCCCUUGCCCACUCCACUCCCGCCCGCGUCGAGGCGUGUUUUUCCCUCUUCUGCUCUCCGUUGACGAGCUGCUUGCUCGUUUGCGCGCAGCUCCUCCGCUGCCUGCGAUCGCGCAUGCUGGCCAAAGCGCCCAACCUGACGGUUCCCUCAUGACCCUCGUGGGCGCGCUCGUGGGUGCGCUCGUGGGUGCGCUGGUCAUAGCCCAUCGGCCACGGUGGUGGGCGAGGUGGUGGGCGCGCGCGUCAUCGCCCAUGCCGGUUGCCUUCCCUCAUGAGCCUCGCCACGCACCCCGCCUCCCCCGGAUCCUGGGCGCUGAGAAGGCCCUCAAGGCAAAGCACGACUCGCCCAAGAACGGCCUGGUCUUCCACGCCGCGCUCAGCUCAUCGGCCACGCGCCCCCCACGCUCACCCAACGGCAGGAUCUCCCGCGUGCUCGCGCCCAAGAGCUCCCUCGCUACUCGCUGGACGCCCGGGGUGAUGCCACCGAACCUACCGAGGAGACUCAGGGGCGCGCUAAGGUGGGUGGAAGGGGAGGAGAAGGAACCUAGUGGAAUUGAUGGCAUGCACUCUUCCAGUGCAACUGCUUCUGGCGCUGCCAUCUGUUCCUGGUGCUUCUGGUGCUGCCAUCCUUAUCCUUGGGCUCAACUUCCAUUCGCCCGUCAUCCCUCCUCUGCCCCCACCGUUCGCCCGCUUCUGGUGCUGCCAUCUGCUCCUAUUGAGCAGCGGCUGAGGCAGCUGGAGGGGCGGGUGCUGGGCAGUGCGAGUGCAGCGAGCAAGGGCAAGGCGAAGCUGCGGCUGGCGGCUGGAUCACUCCUGCCAAGCGAGGCCCGCUUCACAUCGCUCACCAUCCCCUACCUCCCUUUGCCUCCCCCCUUCUCUCCCCCUGCAGGCCUACAACCCGCAUCUGAUGCUCUCUUGACUGCCAAGUCCCCAGCGACAGACACAGCAGCGGCAGGGGAGGAGUUGGGCAAGGGGGCGAAGGAGGAGAAGGAGGAUAAGGGGAACAGGAAGGCCACUCCCUCCGCUGCUGCCUGUGUGGAUGCCGAUGGGGCAGAGCCUCCCUCUACUGAGGUGUGCUCUGGAGCGUUGAUUCCUGGAUCAUGCAAGGCUGCUGCGGAUAGGAGGCCACUCCCUCCUCCACUGCUGCUGUUGCUGCUGCUACCCGUGCUGCUGCUCCCUCUACUGAGGUGUGCUCUGGAGCGUUGA